AUGCCUUUCAAAGUCCUCGUUUACGCCUACCGGAAGCCGGGGGUUUCCCCGGAAGAUUUCAAGAAUCACUACGAAGCGCACAUUGAUCUCUUCAAGCGUCUAACCGGCGAUGAUUUCCCGCUCUCCCAUAGGCGUAUCUACAUCGCUCGUAGUUCUGUCGAAACUACUUUUGAUGGCGCCUCCUCUCGCAACACGACAACUCCAGCAACCGUGAUUGUCGGCCAACAGUCCGACUACGACUUUGACUGCCUAGCUGAACUUACAUUCUCUGAUCAGGCGGCGUGGGAAGCUUGCGUGGCAAAAGUCCGUUCCCCGGAGAUCGCGGCUCAGAUUGCAGCAGAUGAAGAUAAGUUUUAUGACAGCUCUAAGACGGGCGUUGUGGUUAUUGGGGAUGUCACAGAGACCACCAAAUGA